AUGGCAUUUCAGCCACGAUAUGGUGUGCCAUUUGGUAAGAAUUUUCUCAUUUUUUUUUUCUUUGAACAUCGUUUUUUUUCCAGGAGCCUAUCCAAUUUCUCAGUCUGUUUAUUUCAAUCCUGUGUUACGAGCGCCAGGCUCAAAUGUGAGUAUUGAUUCGAUUUUAUGGAUCAUAUUAUGCUGCGUUUUUAGCCUGUAAAUCAUGCCGCAGCUGCAGCUGCCCCAAGUAAAGAACCAACAACAGUUUUCGUUGGAAACAUCUCUGAAAAGUGUACGGACGAGUUCAUGUACAAGAUCCUUGAGGUUUUCAUUUUUUAUGAAUUGAAUAUAUUGUUAUUUCCAUGAAGGAGUGUGGAAAAACGUCGUCAUGGAAGCGAAUUCGCGGUUCCAACGGAAAACUGCAGGGAUUUGGAUUUUGCAACUUCGUAGAGCCGAUUGGUACAAUGCGAGCACUGCGUGUUCUAAACGAAUUCCAGAUUGGUGAAAAGAAACUCGUCGUCAAAGUUCGUUUUCCUUCUUUUUUCUUUUUGCAUCAGCGGUGGUGUGCAGGUUUCUUUGUGAAAUUAUAUUUUGACUUUAGAUUUAAUAUUUAAUCAUCUGCAUUUAAGGCUGAAGAUAAAGUGCGGGAAGACCUCAGAAAAUGGGCUAUAAAUCACAGAAGGCGUCUUGGUACUUUUAACGCAGAAAAAGGAGAAAAGUUCAUUUCUUUUUUCAGGGAAGAAAGACAUGAUUUUGAAAGAAGACGAGCUUCCAGCCGACGAGGAAGAUUUGAAAAAAGACGAGGAAGUCCGUCUGAAAAUCCUCAAUUGGAUCGAAGCCGACUAUCCUGAAUUGAUUAACAUUGCUGAAGGUAUGUUUUGUGAAAUAAUCUUUUUUUGGUAUUUAAAGUAGCAAUUCGUAUUAAGAAUGAACUAAAAAAUGUUCCCCUGUUUUGAGAUUCCAGUAAAACAUACCUAGGCUACUUUAAGCACCUUUUCAAGAUAUUUUUAUAGCGGAAAAAUGAAAAUGAACAAAAUUCCAGAUGGUGAGCUUUCCGACAAGGAAUCGAAGAAAACCAAGGUAAUUUUCCUCGGAAAACUUUUAGUAUUCAAUUUUAAUUCUUACAGAAAACCAAGGAGGAGUCAAAAAAAGAUGUUGAGAAAGCAGAAAAGAAGGUUAGUUUUUUUCUUAUUUUGAGUCGAAUUUCCAUGGUAAUUCAUCAUUUUUUUUUUUGAUCUAAUUUUCGCAAAUAAAUUUCCUUUCUGUUUGAUUUUCCCGCUAUAGAUCAUAGACAACCAUGGAUUAUGAAACGGAAUGCCGAGAAGAACGGUAAGUUGGAUCGAUUGCUUUUUUAUUAUUAUUCUAAACUUUCUAUGCAUUUACUUUCCUGUGUUCUAACCAACGGUUGAUGAGAGAAACAUUUAAAAAGCAAGACAAAAAAAAAAUGAAGGAAAGAAAUUUUUGCACUCCACGUUUGUUUAUGGAAUAUUGGGUGGUCUGUUUUGUGUUUGAAAGAGAAUAGAAUUUUAUUUUGUGAGAAAAAUGCGUUUUUGGUAAAUUCAAUGCGGGGGUAUUUUGCGUCGAAAAACGGAAUCACGAAAGCUUUUUUGAAUUGAUUUUGAAAUAGAAGAAGUUAAAUUUGAGAAAUUCAUGAAUAUUUAUUCAAAAAAUAAAGUUUUGCUGCCUUUUUUCCCUUAAGACCUCAUUACUCGAGUUUCCAACGAAACAGACCAUCACAAACACAAAAUUGCACCUAGACGUCUUCACACUGAUUUGCAAUUGUCGUAUUUCGUGUGCUGAACUAUCCCUCAACACUGUCCUCAAAUCAAAAUGCCUGCACCUAUUCCCGAAUUUCCUUUGUAAACCUGCGCUUUCCUAGAAAAAUUUUGAGUUUCUUUCAAUUUUCGUGGCAUGCCAAACAAAAAAAACAAAAGUGUGGCAUUUUCCUCUCAAAUUUUCCCGGCAAAACUUUGAAUAUUCCAGGUUGUCUUGAACAGCAAUUUAUGGGUAUCAUUUCUACAUUUAUUGUUUUUAUUCAUUCAAUGUUUGGUAGAUGUGUAGUGUUGGUUGAUAUCCGGCUUGAGAAUGCCUUUCUUUCCCUUAUUAGGCCGUUCUAUGAUUUAGGAAACCUAUUAUCAUUUUUUAAAAGAGCCAAAAUAGCCGAGGAGUUUGUGCGCCCUGUGGAAAAGAUUUUUUUUGUGUCAAUUAUCAACGAAAAUUUGAAUCUUCUUUGAUACCUAUUUUUACACUGGAAAUGAAUCAGGAAAAUACUUUGAAAAUUAAAAAAAAAGCUUUUUUGGAGAUAUCUCUUGCAUAAUGAGCACUAAUUUUGGGUUCAAGAUUUUUUUAAUGAAUUUUUUUCCCAAAAUACCAUGAAAACGGAAAAUUUUGAUGUACAAGAUCUUUUUUUGGAAGCUUUUUUUCAGGUCAUUUCACAUUUCUAUAUCUCAUUAUAUCUGCAUGGCCCCUUUAAUUUAGCUUCUGCGCUUUUUUUAAUAUUUUUCCCAACUGCGAUUUCUUACUCCUCUUUCAGCUUUCUCUUGUUUAUCUGUUUGAGGCUGUCGAUAACUGCUUUCGCUUGACUUUUUCAACGGUUUUUGCAUUGCGAAGUAUGGUUUUCGAAAUUUUCAAUAAAAAAAUGUGGAUUAUAAUUACCUUUGAAAAAAAAAAUCCCAUACUUCGGAAUGGUUUUGCGUGUGGUUAACCAAACGUGAAAAUAAAAAAAUCUAAAUUGCCUAUCAUAAUUAUUUUUUUCUGUUCAAACAAAUGUCUUGGUUGAUUUAAAGUAUUUUCAGAUAAUACUGUCAGGAUUUUCUCGCCUCGGGCGUAAGUCAACACACUUAACAACUAUCUUUGUCGGUUACUAAGAACAAAAAAAAACGAAUAUUUUCAAAUUCGCUCAGUUUUUAAUAUCGUUUUUGAAGAAUUGAGCAAUUUUGUUCCUCUUUUCAAUAGAUUGAUAUCCUUUGGUGGCGGGAUACGUUAAUGAAAAUGGAUAUUCGUUUUCAUUAGCGUACAUUUUCUGUGUUUGCAUGCGAUUUCGGAUAUUGGUGUAGAGACUGGAAAAAGAAGACCCAAAAUGAGAUGAAUGUUGUGUGUUCUCUUAUAAUAUUUAUAUCGAUUUCCACGUCUCUUUUUUUGAGAAAUUGUAUCGUUUUGAGUCGGCUCGAAAGAAUCGCCUUUGUUUUGCAAGGCGCAAAUUGAUUCUUUGGGUUCAUGUCCUAUUUCUCCAAAGGUACUUCCAUGUAUUCAAAUACACACAUUAUUUGUUCCUAAACAAUGAACGAGAGAGAGAGAGAAAUGAAAAAAUGAAAAUCGCUUUGUUUUUCAUUUCUUCUCCAUUUCGCCGCUAAGUUUUGCUUGGUUCAGGACAAAGAGGAGACGAAGAGGCGAAAGUCUCGGUCGAGAAGUCCGGAAAGAGUCAGGGACAAACAUCGUCGAUCACGCUCCGGAUCCCCUAAAAAUAAGUGAGAACGUUUUUUGUAAUACUCCAAGGAGGUGUGAAAACGUUCAUGACCAUUAUUUUUUAAAGCUCCAUUUGUUGGCUGGAUCCCAUCCCAGCAUUUUUGCAAAAAAAUAUUAAAUAUUAUAAAAAAAUAUUAUUCAAAAAGUGUACUGAAGUAGGUCGUUUUUCAAAAGUUAGGCCGCAAUUCGCUGACCCCGUGGUGGGAUCUAGCCGAUGUAUGGAAAGUUCAAAUCAACAAAAAGGAACAAAAAGAACAAAAUUACUUUUUUCUUUCGUUUCGGACUGCUAACGUUGAUACUGUGUGAAUAAAACUCGUUGUUGACAUUUUAAUUAAAAGAAAAUAAUCAUUGAGAAGGUGAAACUUUUUGCUGUAGGUAUCGUUUCAAACGAUUUUUUUAGUCUCGUUCAAUUCUGCAUUUGAAAAAGGAAACGUUGUUUUUAUAAAGCAGGUCUCUUUCAAUUUUUGACAGCCUUCUAUAUUUGUUGAAACUGUUGGUCUCCAUUUUUUUUUUUUAAUUCCCACCAGAAAUGCAGAUGGUUUAAGUUUCAACUAUUAUAAUUUUUUUGAAAAGAAAGUUUUUUUGAAAAAAAUUUGCACACAUUAAAGUUCUGAUGUAAAUAAAAUUUGAGCUACUUGUCUUUAUUCCCAUGUUUCCCAGGAGAAGAAGACGUGGAGGCUCAUCUUCGUCGCACAGCAGAUCCAGCGGCUCAUCAGGAAGUUCGUCCAGCUCUUCAAGGUCAAGAUCUCGGUCUCCUGUCCGUAAUAAACGACGUCGCGAUCGGAGCGCUUCACGGUAAAAACUUGGGAAAUUCAAAAGAAAUAGAUAUGAAUCUUUUUUAGUUAAUUAUUUUCAGCCUCAGUGAGAAAUUAGCGCGGUGAUAUAAUCUUAGGAAGGUUGUCUUUGAAUGCGAAAAAAUUAUUUUAGGACCUAUGUAAUUUCAUCCUUAUAUAUAUUUAUCUCUAAAUGGGAAUCUAAAAUUUUUAUAUUUAAUUUUGAAGCUAUGUGAUCUUUGAAAAGAGCUUAGAUAGAUGAAAGGAUUCUUUGAAAAGAAAAUUAAGAAAUUAAGGAAAAGGUAUAAAAUCAGCUUUAUAGAAAUUAAUUUAAUUUUUGUGUUUUUUCUGCACUUUUUUGUGAGAAGAAAUAUCUACACACUGAAUUAUGUUAUGAAAAAUAGUCGGAAAUGUAUUGAAAAUUUUCAGCCGCAGCUCAGAAGACAGCGAUGACGCGCGAGAACGGCGUCUUCUUCGCAAGCAGGUGAAAGAGAAGGAACAAGCCUAUCUGAGCCGACUCCACAAGUGGGAAACGCGCGAGAAACAAAAGUCGAAGCAGUACGAGCGGGACGAGAGACGAGAGAAAGAAAAGUAAUUCCCCGGCUCCCCAAAUCGCCCAAGAGCUUGAUUUAUUCAGAAAGAGCAAGGCUAUGAAGGAAGUGAAAAAGCUGAAGUCGUUCCUGGAAGAUUACGAUGAUGAGAAGGAUGAUGCCAAGUACUACAAGUGAGUUUGCAAGGGGGAUAUUCCAGAGAAAAGGCUUCAUAAUUGAAAUUUGUUAGAAAAAAGUGAAGUUAUUGAGUUUUUUCACUUUUCAAUACGCUAUGCUUAAUCUUGAUAAUUUCGAAAUCUGAAAAAAACCCUCUUUUUUUAAUAUUCAGACUUGAAAGUUGUGGAAACCCCUUUUUCUAAAAAAAUUUUUAGAUUUUUUUACCUUUUUCCUUUCAAUUUUACGCACUUUUUUUGAGAAACAAAUAAUCUGUUUGGUCGUUUUUUUGAAUUCAAAAAAGAUCGUCAAAAAAACAUCAGAUCUGAUUCGAUUUUAAGUUUUAUUGAUAAUUUCUAAAUUUUUAGAUUUUUUCCCCGAAAUUCGUUUAUUUUGAUCUAGAGAGAAAAUUCAAAAAUGCAGCGGGUAUUAUCAGAGCCUUUUCUCAUUUCUUCUCUGACAAGAGGAAAAUUUCAUGUCAAGUGUUCCGUUUACAGGAGUUCAUCCCUGUUCCAACGGAAACGGGAGUUCGAACGCGAGCGCGAGGCUGACCAGAAAGACCGGCUCCGGGAACAGCAGGAGAUCGAGGAGCUGAAGAAGCAGAUCGCCGCCGAGAACCAGGACAAAGACGAGGCGAAAAUCGAAGCCGAGGCCCGGAAACGUCAUCGGGAGCAGGAAGAAGCCGCUAUCCGACGUCUCCGCGCCGACAGCGGCAGUCCGAACCCCCACCAGCCGCUGGGCCAUCCGGACUCGUCGAGUAGCAGCGAGAGCGAAGAAGCCAGCGACGCCGAGGACGACGCAGCGAAUCGUGGAAGCAGCGGUCGCGCGAGUGCCGACGUCGCCGGCACCCCCAAACCCGCGAACGGGGUGAACAACGCCGGAGGAUGGAAGGCGAUCGAUGGGUCGGCCUCCGCGACGCAACUCCCUGCGACGUCUUCUGCCAAGACCGCGUCGCCUGCUGUCGCCACCGCGAGUCCCAGAGUCGCGCCCAUCGCUCAGCGGUUGAAUGGCGUUUUUGGUGAGUUUUGUGAGGAAAAUAUACGAGAGUCAAAAUUAUCUUGUUCAGUCUCUGAAAUUUAUCAGGAUCAGUGGAAUCAGACCUUUUUUUCAUUGAUUUUCAGAUUUUAUACGAUAUUUUUCUUUUCAUAAACUUAUCAAGUUUCUAAUUAGGAUGAAAAUUUUGGUUUUGAGAAGUUUUUAAUUUGAAAUUUCGAGAAAAAUUUGAAUCUUUGUAGUCAACAAUUCAAAUCAUCAUUAUGGGAAAAUAAAGAAAAGCCGCUUGAAUUCCAAAAAAAAAAAAUGAUUAGGCCCCAAACAACUUUAAUCGGAUAUCAAAAAAUGAAAAAAAAAUUCAGCUGCUUCAAUUUCGCGAAAUUUAAUAAAAAUAACGUUUAUAGGUUUUUUUGCUUGAAAUUUUAAUCGUGUCAAUAUCCUCAUUAAUGUAUGUUUCAAAACCGGUAUAAAGAGUUUUAAAGGAAGAAUUAAACAGUUCCUUUUGUACUUGCAAAUCUUUUCGGCAGUUUUUUAUGGCACAUGGUUUCCGAUUUGGGUUAGGUUAAACUAGAGAUCAAGUUAGAAUCAGGAAGUUUUUUUUCCAAAAAAUGAAAAAAAAGUUUUUUCGUCCUGAAGAAAUCAUAAUAUUCCCAAAUUUAACUAAUUUUUAAAAAAUCCUAUCUUGUCUUUAUACGUUUUUUCAAUGACGAGGUCAUCACUUAAACGAGAAAUUUUCUCAACUUUUCAUGUUGUUCGUUCAGGAGACGAUGACGACGAGGUGAACCCGAUGUACGAGAAGAAGAAGAAGCUCGGCGUGUUCCAAGUGACCCGAGAAGAACGUCUCCAAGUUCUGUCGGCCGACGAGAAAAAAGAACUCACGAAGAGUAUAAUUCGGAAGAUUCCCACUGAUAAAGGUUCUAUAUUUCGGCAGCUCUUCAAGUAAUUUCUCGUUGCAGAGGAGCUUUUCAAGUACCCGAUCGAGUGGGAUCACCUUGAUAAAACUCUGAUGAACGAACGGAUCAAGCCGUGGGUUUCGAAAAAAGUCAAGGAAUUCCUUGGUGGGUUUUGAUUGCUUUUGGGUGGUAUAGAGUAGUUAGAAUAGAAAAAAAUAAUUAAUUUUUUUGGGACUCUCAGUUCGAUGGGAAAUUUUUGGUUUUAGUUUUUAAAAGAAAAACGUACUUUUUGCAUUCUUAUUAUUGAAAGCCUAUUUUUUUCUUCGAGGAGGGGGGAGGGGGAGUGGUUAUGAUCUCUUUUUAAUUCUUUAGGAAAAAUAGUUUGUUUUAAUAUUUAUAUCAAUGAAAAAUAUAUGAAGAAUGUGAAUAGUUGAGAAGAGAUUAAAGCUGACUAACUUUCCUUCUCUUUCAGGAGAAGAAGAAGCUCAACUCGUCGAAUUCAUCUGCCGGAGUAUCAAUAAUCGCGAAAGUCCGAGCAAACUACUCCAGGAUAUAGCCUUGGUAAGGAUCCUGCUCUUAAAAACUGAAAAAAGGGAUAAGUUUAAAAAAAUAAGCUUUGUAGUCAGUGAAACAAAUAGAGAAAAUUUGAGAAAAAGUUUUUUUUUUUUGCUUACCCAGAGUCAUUUCAAGCCUAAAAUUCCGAAUUUCCUUCAAAAAUCUGAGUAACCAUAUUAUUGUAAUAAAAAAAGUCAUUUUUCAAGUAUUUUUUAAUUUUUUCAAACUUUUGGAAAGUUGUUUCCAACAUUAGGUUACAUAAGGAAUGUAAGGUUCUGAAAAAUUACGAGAAAAAAUGGUUUACGAGGUUCUUGGAGCACACAUUCUGUUAGCAUUGAGAGAAAAAAAAAAUGGUAAUUUAGGGAUUUUUUCCAAUUUUUCUUUGGUAGAGAUUCAGAAAGGUUCAGGUAACAUGAGACAUUUAUUCAGUUUGAUAGUUUUUUUUUACGUCGGAAUCAAUCAUUUCGGAGACCUCUUAUAUGAUUUUUGUACUUAGUUCAAAAAAGACACCCGUUAAGGAAUUUUGAUUAUAAAUUUGCAUUUUCCCUUUCUAGAUCAUCGACGAAGACGCGGACAUGUUCGUCGUGAAGUUGUGGCGACUUUUGAUCUUUGAAAGCAAUGCCCGACGAAUCGGAAUCUCCUGA